AUGGAAGAAAUUUUGGAUAUAAAAAAAGAAAAUCAGACAAGCAUCAGAGAAUUCAACCUUCUGGGAUUUGGGAAUCUCCAUGAGCUGCAGCCUCUCCUUUUCUGGAUCUUCUUGGUGAUUUAUCUGAUCACAAUAACUGGAAACCUCCUCAUCUUUCUGCUUGUUGUGGCUGAUCCACAGCUUCACACUCCAAUGUACUUCUUCCUGGCAAAUUUGUCUUUUCUGGAUACUUGCUAUAGCUCUACAUUGCUGCCUAAAAUGUUGGUCAACUUGCUGAGUGUUGAGAAAACAAUUACUGUGAGUGGAUGCCUAGCCCAAUAUCAUUUCUUUUGCCUCUGUGGCACUACAGAAGCAUAUCUUUUGGCUGCAAUGUCUUAUGACCGCUAUUCGGCAAUUUGUAGACCUCUGUUCUAUCCUUCUAUUAUGAAUAAGAACUUUUGUUCCCAGCUUGUAGCUGGGACUUGGAUAAGUAGUUUGGUAUUUAAUGCUGUUCUGGUGGCUCUCGUAGCUCAGUUAUAUUUCUGUGGGCCAAAUGUCAUAGACCAUUACUUUUGUGACUUCCAUCCACUGGUAGAACAAUCUUGUAGUGACACAAGUCUCUUUGAACUCUUUGCUUUUUGCAUGACCAUCAUUUUCACAAUUCCUCCAUUUCUAUUGAUCCUCAUCUCUUACAUUUGCAUCAUGGACACCAUCAUUAAAAUCAAAUCCACCAUUGGAAGGCAAAAAGCCUUCUCAACUUGCUCUUCUCAUCUCUUAGUAGUUUGCCUCUUUUAUGGCACAUCAUUCAUUGCCUAUGCAUUGCCAGAUAUGCCCUCUCUAAGACACCUCAAAAAAAUCUUCUCUGUUUUCUAUACCAUUGUUACUCCUUUGCUCAACCCCCUUAUCUAUACUUUAAGAAACAAAGAUGUUCACAAAGCACUUAGAAGACUUGGUGAGAAAAGGACAAUUUUGGGCAUGAGUCACCUGAAACUGUAA